AUGUGGGUACAUGAUAAUAUCAAUGCUAGAGUGUUAGGAGUUGUGAAGCUGUCGCCAUAUAGCUUCGAAAAAGGGCGUCAUUGUUUCCUUCCGUCGAUUCUCUACUGUAUCGCUCAAUGGUUGACUGUAGUUGCUUUCGAAGGGAUUGGUUUACCUGGUUUUGAAUCAGUAAAAAGGUUUGCUCCGCUUAUGAUUCUGCUUGGGACAAAUGCUCUAUCGCGACAAGCUCGGUUAGACCACAAUCAGUUGAUAGGUGUUGCAGCAAUCUCCUUCACAUCCUUCCUGGCAGUGAACUUUGAAAUCUCACUAGACCAAUAUUCGCUAUUCUACGGACUUCUUGCUGCUCUUCUUCAGGCCGCAGCUUAUAUGCAGUUCGAAUCCCUCUCCCAUACUUAUCAGGUACAGCACUUUAAAAUUCGAGACAGUUCUUGAAU